AUCGUCUGCAUAGCGUGGAAUUCCCGCGUCCCUCUUUAAUGAGAUGCUACAAAAAGAACAUCGAAAUCUGUGAUCGGAGUUGGUCUCAGUGCAGUUUUUGUCCAUCACGUUAGUGAAGUCAUCGAUUAUGAGCUGAUUUUAGUUGCCAUCAAAGAUGGAAUCGAAUAAAACGACUCGAACUUUUGAUGUGUAGUGUAGUAAACAAUGUAGAGUAAUUGUUGAUUCUUUGGGGUCAAAUCCAGACCUCUAAGAAUUUUUUUUUACCCUUUGGAAUAAUGAGCUCCAGGAUUCGUUGCUGUCUUCCCCUAAUCGUUAUUCUGUGCUAUUUUUCUCUGGAAGCUUAUGCUUUUACCGGCCACAACACACCGCCAGUAUUUGAUUUCAAACGAGAAUGGCUUAUUCAAGAAAACGAACCAGUUGGUAGCCGCAUCAUUACAGUUCGAACGCGCGACGAAGAUGGUGAUCAUAUCGAGUACGGAAUCGAACCUGCGAGAUACGUCGAUGGUUCGGACUACUUCCGCAUUAACAAAGACACCGGAGAAGUCUACUUGGAUAAGACCCUCUCGGGGCAGGGUGGAAGUGACUUUUAUUUGUACAUAACAGCUAACGAUGGCCAUCAAAUGGCCAAAAUCGAAGUCUACAUUCGUGUUCUGGAGUCGAACAGGGCGGCACCUCCCUCGGAACCCCCCCUUGACGUCCCUUUCCCCACGUCGCACCCCCUUCGGCCCUUUCCUCCCUUUGUACCCAGCGCCCCUCACCCCGCCCACCCCUCCCCCUCCUCUUCCCGACCUUUUCGCCGCCCCACGCAAGGUCACCCCAAGACCCCCUCCCCCACUGCCCCCUCCGUCAGCGAUGCCCCGAGCGAUCAGCCCCCAGUUCGCGAGGUUCCUCCGAGAGAGGGCGCGCCGGGGCAGGGGGCGGGAGACGUGACGUCAACUCUCCUUCCGAUCCUGGCAGUGACAGGAGUGGCACCAGUCCUCAUGCUGAUGCUCUGGUUCCUUCACAGACGAUGCAAGCACACCGAAAAACUUGUUGCUCUGAAGAAAGCAUCCUCUGGAGCGGCCCGAAGAGAAGGCAGUCUAUCGGAAACGGUGGCUUUCAGCUACUCUCCUGCAGCUUUGCUCCGCCCCGCGACACCGCCCUUCAACGCCCAAUCCACGCAAAGCAGCAACCCACCCAGACUUGGUGGAGAAUUUGAUAAGUGGGAGUUUCCCCGCCAUCGCCUACAAUUUGUAGGCAUUGUCGGAGAAGGAUGUUUCGGGCAAGUUUGGAAGUGCCUCGCCCAAGACAUCGGCCCCCUGGAAGAGACGAUUCCAGUAGCAGUCAAGACACUUAAAGAGAACGCUACUGAGAAAGAGAAGAAAGACUUGCUGUCUGAGCUGGAAGUGAUGAAACUGCUUGAACCUCACUCAAAUGUUGUUACUCUGUUGGGAUGUUGCUCUGAUAAAGAUCCGAUUUUAGUCAUCAUGGAAUUUGUGAACAGAGGCAAGCUGCAGACAUAUUUGAGAGAAAGUCGAGCAGAAAGGCUGUACGGCAACUUGUAUGGCAGCAGCAAACACCUCACAUCCAGAGAUCUCACCACCUUCUCAUACCAAAUAGCCAAAGGGAUGGACUAUCUUGCCAGCAAAGGAAUAAUCCACCGAGAUCUGGCUGCAAGAAAUGUUCUAGUAGAUGAAAAUAAAGUUUGCAAAGUGGCUGAUUUCGGAUUUGCGAGAGAUGUCAUCGCCAGUCACGUUUAUGAAAGGAAGUCGGAGGGUCGUCUCCCUAUAAGAUGGAUGGCUCCAGAAUCCCUUUUUGACAACAUCUAUACUACAAAGACAGAUGUUUGGUCUUUUGGGGUACUCCUGUGGGAGAUUGUAACAUUGGGUUCCACUCCAUACCCUGGGCUAAGUGCAAACGAAGUGAUUCGAAGGGUUCGAGACGGACAUCGGUUGGAAAAACCGGACCAUUGCCGAAGAGAGAUGUACAAUAUCAUGUUUUACUGCUGGGAUAAAGACCCAACACAGAGGCCCACCUUCGGAGAGCUGGUCAAUCUGCUGGACAGGCUGCUGGUCAGCGAGCACACCUACAUUGAGCUCGAGAGGUUUCCUGAUCAUUCGUAUUACAACAUUACUGACUUGUCCGGAGAAAAACUGUGAUACGAUCAUUGAGGAUUCUUCAUUGAUCACCCCUUUUUUGCACACUUGUUUGUCACUAACACUAAAAAAUGUUUGCAAAGAUAUCUCAUGUGUAUUUUGUAUGUAGAAGAAACUAUUCUGGUGUUGCAGCUAGUUCAAUGAACAUUAUUUUUGCUAGAAACAUUGCUGAAGUGUUUUUAUAUCAUCUCUUCCAUUUUCUUCAUUGAUCAUGCUCCUGAUCUCACUGCUUUGUGCUUCUGCACUAGAAAGCACUUUCAGGUUAACUUUUUGCUAGUAAUUUACAGAUUGUGUGCAAAGCAGUUUUCAUUUUCAAAGCAAUAUUAUCUUAGAAUUCAUCUUCAAAAAUGAAAUGUUUCUGAUUUAUAGAGGUUGAAAGGCAAUGACCUUUUAUAAUAGUCAUGUAUUCCAGUGCUGAAUUAAACCCAUUUACAGUUAACAUUCAGAAAGUGAGCAAUGUUUUACCCAUUUUUCGCUUGGCAUAUAUAAUAAUCAAAAAUCAACUAUCCAAUUGGAACUAAUAUUCUAGUUUUGAAUAGAGUUCAAUUACUAAUUAACAUCGAAUCAAAAUUUGAAUAUUAUUUUAUAUACCUAGAGUAAGUUUGAAAUUAAAAAAACUUGCAGUAUUUGAAAUAAAAAAAACUUAAAAUUCCAAAAAUAAAACCAUAUUUGUUACUUCUAUAAAUCAAUUUCAUUU